AUGGGCGACGAUGGUGUUUCUCGGGCGAAAAGCGCGGCUGCUGUGAGGGAGAUUAAGGUGGACGCCACGAGGGACGAGCCGCUGCUAUGCCAUCGGCUGGAGAAGGAUAACUUCCCCGUGGUGCGUGCUGCUGACGUGGCGUGUGCUGCUGACGUGGCGUGUGCUGCUGACGUGGCGUGUGCUGUUGACGUGCUGUCUGCUGCUGGU